AUGAGCCGAAUGACUGGAUACAUGAGCGGCCACCGUCUCAAUCCAGAAAUGCCCGAUAAAAGGGAUCCGUAUGGUAUCGAACACCACCUGGGAUUCGAUAUUACGUCAAUCUUCCCUGCUGUUAUAGAUGUGACUGACGAGUUUGAGGAUGCUCACCCUUUUCGUGCAAGGCAUCGUACGUUUGGGCUCAUGGCCCCACGACUGCUAGAUCCUAGCACCAAAACAUACCAGGAAAAUUUUCAACUCGGUCAAGUUCUUCGAAGUCGUCUUGAGGCAGUCUUUGAUCUACGGAGCGAGGAGAACUUUUCGAUGUGUCAAUGCCGGGGUGAGCUUGGUCACGCUGGCCAUGGGAAAACAUUUCAGGGUGAGUACGUCACCAGGUGGUCCGAUUUAGAGAGAUAUAGGCGCGGUGACGGCAGCAAGACUGUCAAAUAUGCAUGUCUUUGCCCGUACCUUACGGAGGGUGUGGACACAUAUGGAGUCAUAGGAGAAGGAACGUUUGGUAUAGCAUUCAUCGCACGAGAGAUCAGUGAAGGUGUUGCACACGAGGAUCUUUCGCGAUUUGCGAUUAAGGUUCAAGCACAUAGGACGCAGGUGGAUGACAUGCUUGAAGACCUCCCUGCACCUGAAAUGGUCCCUUUUCGGGAGCCUACCGGUGAGGAGCACUAUAUUCCAGAAGAAGCCCUUUUGUUGAUCUAUCUAAAUGAAAGUGAUAGGUUUCCAACAGUCGACUCAAUUUACACACACGGUGUAUUAUGGGCGAUUGUGAUGGACGCCUGUGUUGGCCCUAGCCCGGAGUCAUUUGGCGAGAUCAAUACUAAAAGAUUGCGCAAACGGGGGUUAGACGGAGGCGUAAAUAUCUAUCGAUAUUUCUUUCCUACAUUCCCGGCAUUUUCGGGAGCAUAUCUCAAAGGCAUCAACAAACAACCUGUGCUGGACGAGAUGCAGGGCUGUAAGAUUGCAGGCCAGUUUCUUACUGGUAUAAAUCAGAUGGCUGAUAUGCGGGUCUAUCAUGCCGAUAUUUCAGUCAACAAUUAUCUCAUGGACCAAGAUCUGAACGUUCAGUUGAUUGAUAUGGGUCAGGUCAAUUUCUCGCUCAAUGAGCAAGACUUUCAAUCUACAGCCGGCAGAACUAUCCCUUUCCAGGAGUACCAAAUGAGACCUGAGCUGGCCAUAGAGUAUAUGAAAGUUGAACAGGUGAACACAUCAACUGCAGAGUGGGGUAGAGUGUACUUGCCAUUUGAUCAUCGGGAUGAAAGCUUGUGGAAAUACUCGACACUCGUGUAUGGCUUUCUGCAUGGCUACUGGCCCUGGGAAGAUCCAAGUCCCCUAGCCCACAUUUGGCACGGUGAGUAUAGCGGUGAGUACCGUGAUCCUUUAUACCGAGACAUUGCAGCGAGACGUCUGAGAAUGAUUAACCAGGAUAUAACAGUCAAUGAAACACUUUCACAGGACUGUCGGGAUUUUUUACAAUCUGCAUUGUCCAGGAAUUUGGAUGAACGACCCUCACUUCAAGAGAUGAACUCGUUUCCUUGGUUUUCCCAAUGGUCUGCAGAAGAAAGUGAGUCUGGUCGUUCAUUGAAAAGACCUCGCGUUGACGAAUUCGAAUCGGACAACGACGGACCGCGUCGCGCAAAACGCACAGCCACAGCCCAGCACUAG